AUGGAUCUUCAUUUGGAGAGAUCUCACUCUGUGGCCGACGCCGAACGGGUGGCAACGAAGAACACUGAUGCGGUAGAGCUCGCCCACCUCGGCUACAAGGACGAACUCCAACGACGCUUCUCGCUACCAUCUCUUCUUGGCCUCUGUCUCUGCUUGAUGGGCACAUGGGAGGCCUGUUCAGCCUCCAUCGCCGCGGCUCGCCAUGCCUCUGGUAUAACUUUAUUCUAUCCUUCUUAUUCACCCUCGCGAUCGGAGCCUCUCUUGCGGAAAUCGCCUCAAUCUAUCCUACAUCUGGUGGUUAGUAAUUAUCAGUGCAACCAGUUCCCGUCUUUGGAACCGACAAGACUGAAGAUUUAUUUAGGCCAAUAUCAUUGGGUCACAGCUCUAUCUCCGGACCGUGGCAGAAAGACAGCUUCGUGGAUGACAGGGUGGAUAUCCAUUGGCGGCCAGGUUGUUUUGCUUGCGUCGGCUGGCGUCUAUUCGAGCUUUAUGGUCCAAGGUCUCAUCUCCCUCAGCAAUCCGUCUUACCAAGCAGAGAGAUGGCACGCUACCCUCAUCUAUAUCGGGAUCUUGAUCUACUGUGCGUUGCUGAACAUUGUCGGCGAGAAGGUCCUGCCGACGGCCAAUUUUAUCUCUGGCGCUCUCCAUAUAUUUGGAUUCCUUGCCGUUCUAAUCGCUCUCGGUGUCACGUCCAAGAAGAACACAUCCGAAUAUGUCUUCACUACGACCUUCAAUAAUACGAAUUGGAGCGACGGCGUUGCUUGGAUUGUGGGCAUGAUCAGCUCUAUAUAUCCAUUCUUAGGCUACGAUGGUGCUUGCCACAUGGCUGAAGAACUUCCGCACCCUCGCCGCAAUGUACCCCUCGCCAUGAUCGGAAGCAUCGUCAUCAACGGCGCAAUGGGCGUUGGCUAUGUCACAAUGUUGCUCUUCUCGGCGGGAUCGCUUGAGCGCAUCCUUGCUACCCCAUACAGACUUCCCUUCAUUCAGAUCUACUACGAUGCGACCCAUUCAGUCGUCGGCACUACAUUCAUGGUUCUCGUGUCAGCUUUGACAGCAAUUGCUGCUGCAGCUGCAGGCAUGACAUCUGCUUCUCGGACUUUGUGGGCUUUUGCACGCGAUGACGCUACUCCCUUUCAUUCAUGGAUCGGGAAUAUCCAACCCAGGCUCAAGAUCCCAGUCAAUGCGGUUCUUGUGGUCUUCGUGCUCGAUUUGCUUCUUGGUUUGCUGUACUUGGUUAACCCCACAGCGUCCAACGCCAUCUUGUCCAUGUCUGCUACGGGAAUGUAUCUUUCUUACUUGAUGCCUGGUAUGCAUGCUUGUCUGGGGCCGAAACAAGCUGCAGCCAUCCGAUUAUGGCCCUUUCAAGUUGGGAAAAGUUCUCGGAAUUGUUUUGAACUUGGCUGCCAUUAUUUGGAUGGCAGUUUCUAUCAUCUUCAGUCUAUUCCCGGGUUCUUUGCCUGUAACACCUGA